AUGGACUUUCAGAAAGGCGAAAGGCAGAUGAACAUGGACUAUGUAUUAAGUCAAGCGCUCAACUACAAGACCGAUGGAAUAUCUCGCGCCAUAACUUUCUAUGACAUAAAUUGUCAGUAUAACAAGUAUUUGAAGGACCGGAUCGCUUCCAGCAUGUAUCUUUCCAUACCAACCGGUAUGGAUAUCAUUCCCGGAAUCGGUUUGUGGCAUGUACAUGGACAUCAAGACAGCUGCUUUGUCCGUUAUGCAUCAAAUUUCAUCUAUGGGACUGGCAGGAUAGAUGGAGAGAUUAUGGAGACCCUCUGGGUGCCUUUGAAUAUAAUCUCUCCUUUGGCCAGGGGCAUGGGAACUCCCCAUCGCAAGGAGGUAUUGGACUAUCAGAUGAAUGAUUGCAACUUCAUGAAAAUGAUUCGUAUAAUCAAGUCUCUGUCCAGAAAGUUGAAAGAGGCUAUUAAGGGUGCUGCAGAGAGCAAACUUGCGUUUUAUAAUCUCAACGAGACAGCCAACCCUGACAUGGUCAUUCUUUGGGAGGCAGAGGAGACACUCGCUCAUGAGAACAGAGCCAAGGAUUCUACAGCUAUGGACAUCUAUGAGGUCUGGUUGGAAAGGGAAGUGUCAAGUUUUAUUGGGUUUCCGGCAGGUCUGACAAUACUGUUGUACAGCUCCAACAAGAAAACAGCAGGAGUUGCGCCUGUUGCAGGCUCAAAAUCGCCCUGA